AUGGCUGUUGAUGUUGAUGAUGAUGAGGAGGAGGAGGACAAGGAGGAUGCUGACGCCGACGAUGACGACAGCGACGGAGACGAUAGUGACUCUGUCAACUUCUUCCUAGAGCAAGUCACAGGUCCCGCAGACACAUCUGGCGGUUUCUUAGGUGGUCGGCCACGUUUUCUGCCACUGGAGGUGGACACAACCGAACACGGUAACGAGGAAAUCAAUAACGACGAAACCGAGGAUACGAACGACUAUGACGGGAUAGAAGGAAGAGGCGGUAAAGACGAAGGCAAUGACGAACAUGCCGAUGACGACGAAGAAGACAACGGCAACCAAGUCGGUUCCGUCCCCAGCGAGGAAGCGAUUCCAGUCUCAGUACCAUACUUGGGGGGACGUCCACGUCUAGGCCUCGAUGACCUUGCCUCAAAAGGCAUACCGUAA